UCUCAGUUCUAUCUCACCCUCAAUGCAUCCAUACAUACACACAUAUAUACGCUGCCUAAAUCUGGGUUUUAGAGAGAGAGAGAGAGAGAGAGAGAGAGAGAGAGAGAACACACACAUGAGCUCGCUCCACUGGACUGGAGCUCGGCAGAUUCCAAAAUGGCGAUCACAACACCACUCCCUCCUUCUACUCCAAGCCUCCUCCAGUUACCGCUCCACUCGCCGUCGUUUCGCCGCCUCAUCUUCGCCGCCUCCGUGCUUCCGAUCCGGUGGACUAAGAGAAAAGGUUCUACAUCUCCGAUCUCGGUGAAGGACUCGUCGAGAGUGAGGUGCCUCGCGCAAUCGACGGAGGAGAGCCAGUACUGGACCGACUCAGAAGCCCUGACAAGCGACGGUGAUGAUGAUGCCGGAGACGGUGAAAUCAAGGUCGAGCCUCAUGGUCGCGAAGACGAGACAGUUCCCCAGCAUUCUGGUGCGAAUAGUUCGCUGAGGAUCGGAACGGGCUAUUCGAGUGAUACUCUGUCCCUUGGCAUUCGCGAGUUUGUUUACGAGGUAGUAGAAGUGAAGUCCAAUGGCAUGGUCUCUACAAGGAAAAUAAACAGGCGGCACUUGUUGAAGUCAAGCGGUCUUCGUCCUCGAGAUAUCCGAAGUGUUGAUCCAUCAUUGUGGUUGACAAAUACAAUGCCGUCUUUGCUGGUCCGUGAGAAUGCGAUACUUCUGAAUUUGGGUUCAUUACGAGCAAUAGCUAUGCAAGAGAGUGUCUUCAUAUUCAACUACAACCGUAAAGGAGGGAAAGCUUUUAUAGAUACAUUAUUGCCACGGUUGAAUCCAAAAAACAUGAGUGGAGGACCAUCCAUGGCAUUUGAGCUCGAGGUUGUUGAAGCAGCCUUGCAUUCACGAAUCCAGCGGCUGGAGCACAGGUUAAUGGAUCUCGAACCACGUGUGCAAGCGCUACUAGAGGUUUUGCCUAACCGACUUACAGCUGACAUAUUGGAGCAACUUCGUAUAAGCAAGCAGACCUUGGUUGAAUUGGAUUCAAAGGCUGGGGCUCUCAAACAAAUGCUGCUUGAUAUUCUUGAGGAUUCUCAUGAAAUUCGUCUUAUUUGUAUCAUGGGAAGAAAUUGCACUCUUAGGAAAGGAAAUGAUGACAUGGAAUGCUCUGUUCCCCUAGAAAAGCAGAUUGCUGAGGAAGAGGAGGAGGAAAUUGAAAUGCUUCUGGAGAAUUAUCUUCAAAGGUGCGAAUCUUGUCAUGGUCAAGCAGAAAGGCUUCUCGAUUCUGCAAAAGAAAUGGAAGACUCGAUUGCUGUCAACUUGAGCUCUCGGAGGCUUGAGGUGAGUAGAGUGGAAUUGCUUCUUCAAGUUGGUACAUUCUGUGUUGCAGUAGGUGCUUUGGUUGCAGGUAUAUUUGGCAUGAACUUGAAGUCCUAUCUAGAAGAACAUGUGUUUGCAUUUUGGCUGACGACGGCAGGGAUAAUAUUCGGUGCUGUUAUCGCAUUUUUCCUGAUGUAUACGUAUCUCAGGGUUAGGAAAGUACUGUAAGCUUGGGAAGAAUCAAGUGUGAGUCACUAACUCCCACUAACAUUUUCAGCUUAAUAUCAAGCUUGGGAAGAAUCAAGUGUAGGGACCAUAGUUAUGUAGAGAGAUUUAGCAAGUGAAAAGAAAAUAUUAGGAAACAAAUUACCAAACUCAAGUUUCUUCACUACCAAUAACUUUGUUUCCUUUUACUUGAUCUUUUCCACUCUACAUAUGCCUAUAUAAAUCUAUGAUUUGUGCGGAGCCUUGAUGUUUCAGCGUCCCUGACUUAAUUAUUUUCUCUCUCUUUUUUUUGUGUGUGGUAAUUAUGACUUCUUAUUUCAUGUAAUUAGAUGAUCGACUUCAAUGGAGCAUUUCUUUUGAGACCUCAAAUCCUUAUAGUUAUCUCAUCACUGGCGCUGGCACCUGUCGAACAAUAUCCUCGCAAUUACAUGGGGAUCUGCAUGAUUGUGAUUGGAUUGAGCUGUUCGGCCAGAGUUGUACAGAACUCCAUUUACUCCUGCAAGAUAACAGUUGCGGCUGUUUCGAUUAUUUGCCUGAAACUUGUAAUCUUUUUCUUUCUUUCUUUCUUUCUUUUUUUUUGCUAAUAAAUCUUUUUCUUUCUUGUUAUCUACUUAAAUGACUAUAGUGUAGGAAUGAUUCACAAAAUGUAUUUAUCCCACGAAAAAGAAUGAAAUCAUCAGGAAGGAUUUUGGUGAAAUAUGAGUCAUUAAUAAUUACUCC